AUGGCUCACCUCGCCCAUCUCCGUCCGCUCUCCCGACGGGCCAUAGCCCAUCUGGGGUCAAGCGCAAACAUCAUUCACCGCAAUGCUUUCCUCGCCGGACCCAGCGCCCUCCUAUCCUCAGCAUCAUCAGCACCCACAUCACCCUCCUCACCAUUACCAGCAAUAAGAGCAACAACAACAAAAACCCCCUCAAAUAAUUUCCGCGCCUACCACUCAACCCUCCACCCCCACCCCCAACCAACCCACGAAUACACAAACUCGCAAACCGCAAUCCUAUCCGCCGCCCUCGCCCACAUCCCCACGCACGGUUUCAGCGCCGCCGCCCUGACCCUCGGCGCGCGCGACGCGGGCUUCCUCGACGUCUCGGUGCAACUGCUGCCGCGCGCCGAGUUCGAUCUGGUCCUGUUCUGGCUUGCUAGUCGGCGCGGCCUGCUGCGAGCUAAGGUCGAGGAGGGUGGACUGUUUGCGCGGAUUGCGGCGGAGCGGGGACCCGAAGGUAAGGGGUUGGGGUUGUCUGUUGAAGAAAAGGUGAAGGUGUUGGUUUUGGAGAGAUUGGGGUUGAAUGUGGAUGUUAAAGAUCAGUGGCAAGAUGCCCUCGCUCAAAUGUCCCUCCUCGGAAAUAUCCCUCUCUCCCUCGCCGAACUGCACGCCCUCGCAGACGACAUCCUGUCUCUGGCCGGCGACGCCUCCGUCGACACGGCCUGGUACUCGCGCCGUCUCGCUGUUGCCGCCAUCUACGCCAGCGCCGAGGUCGUCAUGACCCGCGACCACACCCCGGACCUUGCGGAGACGGCUGCUUUUGUGGAGCGGCGCUUCGAAGACCGCGAUGCUCUCACACAGAAGUUGACGGGUCUUGGGCAGUUUGUUGGCUUCUGGGGGAAUACUGCUGUUGGGUUGGGGAGGAGUUGGGGGUUGAAGAUUUAG